AAUACACCAGCACAUUCACACUGGAGAAAAACGGUGUCAGUGCUCACAGUGUGGGAAGAGUUUUAAUACACAAAGUAAGCUCAAAAUACACCAGCGCAUUCACACUGGAGAGAAACCGUAUCAGAGUUCACAGUGCGGGAAGGGUUUUAAUACAAAGAGUGAUCUGAAAAGACACCAGCGCAUUCACACUGAAGUCAAACCAUAUCAGUGCUCACAGUGUGGAAAGAGUUUUAAUACAAAGAGUAAUCUCAAAAUACACCAGCAUAUUCACACUAGAGAAAAACCGUACCAGUGCUCACAGUGUGGGAAGAGUUUUAUUACACAGAGUGAGCUCAAAAUACACCAGCGCAUUCACACUGGAGAGAAACCGUAUCAGUGCUCACAGUGUGGAAAGAGUUUUAAUAGACAGAGUGUGCUCAAAAUGCAUCAGUACAUUCACACUGGAGAGAAACUGUAUCGGUGCUCACAGUGUGGAAAGAGUUUUAAUCAACAAAGUCAUCUCAAAAGACACCAGCUCAUUCACACUGGAGAGAAACCGUAUCAGUGCUCACAGUGUGGGAGGAGUUUUACUGAACAGAGUAAACUCAAAAUACACCAGCGCAUUCACACUGGAGUGAAACCGUAUCAGUGCUCACAGUGUGAGAAGAGUUUUAACAGACAGGAAUCUCUUAAAAAACACCAGCGCAUUCACACUGGAGAGAAACCGUAUCAGUGCUCACAGUGUGGAAAGAGUUUUAAUGGACAGAGUGAUCUCAAAAGACAUCAGCGCAUUCACACUGGAGAAAAACCAUAUCAGUGCUCACAGUGUGGAAAGAGUUUUAAUACACAGAGUAAUCUCAAAAAACACCAGCGCAUUCACACUGGAGAGAAACCGGAUCAGUGCUCACAGUGUGAGAAGAGUUUUAAAAGUGCAGAAGAAGUUUUAGCUGAAUUGGAACGACUGGAAGAAGAAGAAGAAUUGCAGGUAUCCGAAGAAAGUGACUACGAUUCGUUUGAAGAAGACGCUUUUUUUCAUGGAGAAGAUGCUAUUCUUGACUACAAUUCUGAGGAUUCAGGUGAUGACUGGGUGCCAGCUGCUCAGACUAAGAGAAAGAGGCAUUCAUCCCCACCCCACCCUGAAUCCACAUCAAGGACCAUUCACGCAGAUCCAGAAAGUACUGUGACGUCUGUCGAAGUGGUGCCAAGUACUUCAUGCACUUCCCUCCCAACAAUACAGAAGACCAGGUCAUCAGCAACACGUGCGAAGAGGCAAUCAAGAGGACGUUCUCACCGAGUUCCUGCACAAACAAAAAGGCCAGGCAGUGUUUCUACAACCGAAGAUGAAGAUGAUGUUUGGCAUGACAUCACUGAUGUUGAUGAGGCACCCAGCAUUCAAAAAUUUUUGCCAAAGCGACCUCCAGGGCUACAGCUUCUAUCGAACACUGUAUAUUCCCCACUGCAGUUGUUUCAGCUGUUUUUCAGUAUGUCUGUGGUGAAGACUAUUGUAGAUAACACCAAUAAGUAUGCUGAGAUCAGAGCAGCUGCAAAUCCAUCUUACAAAUGGAUUCCUCUCAGUGUUAGAGAAUUCUACAAAUUUAUUGCAUUGGUAAUAUACAUGGGGAUUGUGAAACUAAAAUCUGUUGCAGACUACUGGUCUGGAAAGGAAUAUUACCGCCUUCAUUACACCGCAAAAGUGAUGACAGGCAAAAGAUUUCUGGCAAUCUCUAGUAACCUGCAUCUGUGUGACCCAAAAGAGGACGAAGAUAACACAAGGAGAAAGGGAACCUCAACAUAUGACAAACUUUUCAAAUUGAAGCCACUGUAUACAGAGUUGCUGACAGCAUGCCGGACAUAUUUUCAGCCGGACAAGGACAUUUCGAUUGAUGAGCGGAUGGUAGCCUCUAAAGCAAAAAUUGGCCUGAAACAAUACAUGAAGGCAAAGCCAACAAAAUGGAGCUACAAAAUGUUUGUUCUGGCUGAUUCAACCACAGGUUACACUUGGAAUUUUUUUAUUUAUGAAGGCAAGCAAUCCGUUUGCUCAGGCCAGGGACUGAGCUAUGACUCAGUUAUGUCCCUCAUGGAUUUUGCCCUUCUUGGCAAGGGGUACCACCUCUACACUGACAGUUUUUACACAAGCCCCAUGCUCUAUUUGGAUCUCCUGAAGAAGGAGACUCUUGCUUGUGGUACCAUCCGUACCAACCGGAAGGGGUAUCCAAGAACAAAAAUCAAUGAUCUCACCAGGCAGGCAAAGAGAGGAACCAUCCGCUGGCACAGACGUGGACAACUUCUUUUUGUAAAGUGGAUGGACACAAGGGAGGUGGUGGUGUGCUCCACAAUGCACAAGGCAUAUGAUGGUGACACAGUGAUGAGGAGAGUAAAAAAUCAGGAGGGGGUUUGGAAUAAAGUGAAUGUUCCAGUUCCUGCAGCGGUCAAGGAUUACAACAGGCACAUGGGUGGAGUCGAUUUGUCGGACACCUUGAUUUCAUAUCACAAUGCCUUACACAAGACAGUCAAGUGGUACGAGACAUUAUUUUACCAUUUCAUUGACAUUGGGAUUGUAAAUAGUUUUAUUUUACAUCAGCAAAUAUCAAAAACAAAUGCACAAGAGGCUCUAACUCAGAAACUCUUUAGAGAGAAACUGAUGUCGGAGCUUGUGGCCUUUUCAGGGGACACCACCCAGGAUGAGUCUGCUGCAGGACCCUCAGACGAGCUGGAGGUGGAAGAGAACCGUCAGGAUCAUCAGAUGUCAGGGAAGAAACAAAAGAGUAUUAUUUCAUUUUGGGUGGCUCAGCCAUCAAAAAAGGUUUCCAGGUCAGAUGAGGUAGGCCUACCAGUGGAAGAGGCAGUGAUUGAGACAGCAAGGGAGACAUUAGGGGAGAUAGUGACAGUGGAGAUGACCGAAGAAGUGAGUGUGGAGACAAGAAGAGCUGAAGUUAAAGUGGCUGUGGCUAUGGUGCAGCACAAUGUGCCAUUUGCCAUCGUGGAACAUUUCAGUCCAUUGUUCAGGGAUUGCUUCAAGGACUUUGUCACAGCACAGCAUUACAAAUGUGCCAGCACAAAAACAAUGUGCAUAAUAGAUAAAGCUGUGGCACAACAUUUUAGGGAGGAGCUGGUCACCAAGAUGAAGACCAAUCCCUUCACUCUAAUAAUAGAUGGAUCAAAUGAUACAGGACGAGAGAAAAUGAACCCCUUCUCGGUCAGAGUGUUUGACGGCAAGGCUGUUGUUCACAGAUUUCUGGACAUGUGCACAACAAGUGGGCAACGCUGCGGCACGGCCGAAGUCAUUUUCCAGGAAAUUAACGACAUCCUCCAGAAACACUCGAUACCGUGGGAAUUCUGUGAGUUGCACGAAUACGACUAUAUGGAGAUACUUCAGCAUAUUUCCAUUCGUUGGCUGAGCCUGGAGCGGUGUUUGACACGCAUUCUACAGCAAUACGAGCCACUCACCAGCUAUUUCAAGUCGUCAAGUGAGAAACAACCAAGGUUCAGAAGGCUGGUGGAUGCAUUCUGUAACCCACUGACAGAGGUCUACCUGAUUUUCUAUCAUGCAACAUUGCCAGCCUUCUCCUCACUAAAUCUCCUCCUUCAGAGAGAGAAAUCCUCAAGCUGCCUUCUCUAUGAAGAGAUGACCAAGUUCAUUCGCAAGUUGUGCGGAAGGUUUUUGAAAGUUGAAGCACUGCAGAGCCGAGCGGUGAAUGAGAUCCACUACAAGGAUCCAUCCAACCAACUGCCAGGACAAAAGCAGAAUAUUGGGUUUACAACCCGAGCAACGCUCAACAGGCUCCUUGAUGCAGGAGAUAUCACGCCACAGCAAGUGGAGAGGUUCCAUCAGGCAGCGCUGGCAUUUCUAAUAGGAGCAGUUGAGUAUGCUAUUGCGAAACUACCCCUGAAAGAGACCCUGCUGAAACAUGCCAGGUUUGUUGAUGUCCAGCAGAGGACUGAGUGUGAAGUGAAUGAUGCUGCAUACUUUGUGGAAAGGUUUCCUGAACUGCUUCCAUACCAUGGACCCCAAGAGCAUGAUCAGCUGAGUGAGGAGUUCCUGGACUACCAGUUAAUGGACAUCCCUAUGCCCCAAGACCCAGCCAUGUUUGACAUCUGGGGGAAUAUAACCGCACUGAAGAAUAGGAUGUGUAUUAUCAGUCAUGUAUAUUUCAAAAAAAUGGAGUCCAAAAUUUCAGUAACUCAGGACGAGUUCAGCUGUUCAGUCUGUCUGGAAACGCUGAAGGAUCCUGUAACUACAUCAUGUGGACACAAUUUCUGUAUGGUGUGUAUUAAUAACUGUUGGGAUCAGGAGGAUGAUAAGGGAACACACAAUUGUCCACAGUGUAGACAAACCUUUACUCCAAGACCUGUUGUGAAGAGAAACACAAUUCUGGCUGGAGUUGUGGAGAAACUGAAGAAAACAGAACUUCAAGCUCCACAUUCUGGUCACUGUUCUGCUGGACCUGAAGAUGUGGAGUGUGAUUACUGUACAGAGAGAAAAUCCAAAGCAGUAAAAUCCUGUCUGGUGUGUUUGGUCUCUUUCUGUGAAACUCACCUUCAGCCUCAUUAUCAAAUUCCUGUUUAUAAGACUCACAAGCUGGUUAAAGCCUCCAGACGACUCCAGGAUCAGAUCUGCUCUCAGCAUGAUAAACUGCUGGAGGUUUACUGUCGUACUGAUCAGCAGUGUAUCUGCACAUUGUGUAUGCUAGAGAAUCAUGAAGGACAUGAUAUAAUAUCGGCUGCAGCAGAAAGAACUGAGAAACAGAAGCAGCUGCUGGAGAUCCAGAGAAAAUUCCAGGAGAAAAUCCAGAACAGAGAGAAGGAACUUUGUGAGCUGAUAAAUGCUGUGGAGUCUCACAAGUGUUCUGCACAGACAGCAGUGAAGAACAUUGAGAUUAUCUGUACUGAACUAAUCAACUCAAUUAACAGAAGCUGCUCUGAGCUAAAAGAUCUGAUCAGAGAUCGAGAGACAGCUGAAGUAAGUCAAGCUGAAAAAAUCCUGAAACAGUUGGAGCAGCAGAUUGUAGAGCUGAAGAGGAAAGAUGCUGAACUGGAACAGCUUUCACACACAGAGGAUCCCGUCCAUUUCCUCCAGAAUUUUCAGUCUCUCUCUGCUCCUGCUGGAUCUGCCGCCAUCACAAUCAGUCCUUUCCUCUCAUUUGAUGAUGUUACAAAGUCUGUAUCUCAGCUGAGAGAGAAAGUAGAAGAAUUCUGGAAAGAGCAGUGGGAGAAGAUACCAGAUGGAGUGAAGAAAGUCUGGAUUACUUCACCUCCUGAACCUGAAAUCAAAGAAGAUUUUCUACAAUUGAAGAAAGUCUGGAUUACUUCACCUCCUGAACCUGAAAUCAGAGAAGAUUUUCUACAAUAUGUUUGUCGGUUCACACUGGAUCCAAACACAGUAAAUAAAUUCCUCCGUCUGUCUGAGGAGAACAAAGUAGUGACCUGCAGUAGAACAUUACAGUCGUAUCCUGAUCAUCCAGAUAGAUUUGAUUAUUACCUCCAGGUUGUGUGUAGAGAGAGUGUGAGUGGACGCUGUUACUGGGAGGUUGAGUGGAGUGGGGAUGAUGGGGUUUGUAUUGCAGUGUCAUAUAAAAGCAUCAGCAGGAAGGGAGAUGGUGAUGAGUGUUUGUUUGGAUGUAAUAAUCAGUCCUGGAGUUUGUUCUGUUCUCAAUCCAGAUUUCUAUUCAGGCACAAAAACAGAAAGACUAAAAUUCCCAUAAUGCCGAGUUCCUCUAGAAUAGGAGUGUAUGUGGAUUAUGAAGCAGGAACUCUGUCCUUCUACAGCGUCUCUGAUACAAUGAAGCUCCUCCACAGAGUUCAGACCACGUUCACUCAGCUCCUCUACCCGGGGUUUUAUGUUUGUUUAGGAUCAAAAGUGAAACUGUCAGAUUGAACAAAUUAAAUGUAAAAUUUACAUGAAAGUGUAACAUUAAACUGUUGGAGUGAUUUUAGAAUCUGUGAGGCAGUGAUACAUUUAUGAAGAUUUUCUUUUUCAAUUUAU